AUGUCGCGAUCAUUGAAUGUCCUGUCGAAGCCUUUGGCUAUCCACUCGACCAGUCCCAUGACCGGCUAUUUGAGGAACGGGUACUGUGAGGUGCCCGCCUCGGAUGCCGGCAACCAUUCUGUUGCCGCAGAGGUGUCGGAUGAGUUCUUAAAGUUCUCGGCCGAUCGCGGAAACGAUCUCCGCCAGAUUGGACUCAAGGGAGGCUGCAAAUGGUGUCUUUGCGUAUCUCGCUGGAAGGAGGCAUUUGAUGCCAGAGGCAAGGAGGGUGACAAGAUUGUUCCCAAGAUCUUCCUCAAUGCCACGAACGAGAAAGCACUGGACAAGGUAACGCUAGACGACCUCAAGAAGUUUGCCGUCGACAAGGAGUAA